AUGAACAUAAAAAAACUUUUCCUGUUUGUUAUAAUUGGCGUUACUGUCGCUUCUGGAGUAAAAGUGAGGGUUAAGAACAAAUGUUGGUGGCCACUCAAAGUGCAUAUUGGCAACGGUGACAAUGGUCGUUGGAUUGGUGCUGGAGAAGACAGUUGGGGAACCAACGGCCGAUCAGAUCGAACCUGGGCUGAACAACCUGGCAUCUGGGGUGAUAACACACUCGCUGAAAUUAACGACGAUAAUGGUCGCAUUUGGUACGAUAUCUCUCUUGUCGAUGGUUUCACAUAUCCAAUGGCUCUUGUUCCGGUUGGUGGUGGUGGAGGCAACCGUAGAAACUUGUAUUGUAUCGGCUGGAAUAUCCUAAACGAGUGUCCGAACGACUUAAAGGUUUGGGUUGAUGGUAAUGUAAGGGCAUGUAAAAAUCAUUCCGUAAACCCAACCCAUUUCAAGUCCAGAUGCCCAGACGCCUAUUCUUGGUGGGGAGAUGAUAAAUCUUCCAUGGCUGAUACUUGGAAUCCUGACCACAUGGAAAUCACUUUUUGCCCAUGAACUUUGUAUGACUACAUACAGUAAAAACUCCGUUACGGUACUGUCGCAAAUCGACACGAUUGCUAUCUUUUUUUAUCUUCUAUUCUCUUUCAUCUUCUUUAAUCUGUAAUUAGUUUCAUUUCUUUUCGUUCUUCUUACACAUAUAUAUAUAUAUAUAUAUAUAUAUUAUAUUGUUUUCUUUCAUUCCUUACACAAUAAACUUCGUGUAUAAACAUCGGCAUAUGUAUAUAUAUCUACGAAAGAAAAAGAAAAGAGAACAAGUAUCUAAAAAUUGGCGACCCUAUAAAACAACAUCCAAGAAAAUCAACAACAAUACAAAAAAAAUGAAAAUUUAUUUCAUAUUCAAUUAAAUUAUUUUACAAGUUACAUUAGUCAAAGCCUCUAUUAUUUAUUUUAUUCAGCACAUUUCUCUGAAUUCCAUUUCUAUGAAUUUAUUAAAAAAUAAACUUAAAUUCCAUUAUCUAUUUUAUUUCAUAUAUAAAUAAAAUUCAACGUUUAUCGAUUCAUCAAAAUUUAAAUUUAAAUUAAAUUAAAUUAUUUGUUUUAUAAAAUAAAUAAAAGAAACUUAUUUAUGGAAUAAAAAUGAAAAUGAAAUUCAAAAUU